GAUCUUAAGGCUGAAAUAACCAGUCAUCAGCCAUAUGUUGACAUUCUGAACCAUCAGUCUGUGGAGGGGACGGGAUCAGUGAAUGAACCCACCAAUCGCAAUGAGCACAUCCUGUUUGCUGAGCAGCUGGGAGCUCUCAAUCUGAGUUGGCUUAUUCUACAGGUCAAAAUUGACAGCAUGAUUCAUGAUGUUGAGUACCAAUGGCAGACCUGCAUGGACAGAGAAAAGCGUUUGUACUGUAUGCACAGCUGGAUCUCUCAAUGUAUGGAAUGGGUGAAAAACAGCUGGCGACCAGAGAGCUGCUCACAGAUUGAGCAAAUGUUACAGGAGUGUGAGGAGACAGAGGAAAGGCUGCAGGUGAAGUCCUCUGAGCUGAAGGCUUUGGGAGCUCUUCACCUGUUCAGGCAGCAGGACGGUGAACAUCCUGGAGAUCAAGCAUUCUCCAAACAGGUGAAUUCAGCCAUCCAGGACUGCCAAGCUUUGAGUCAACAG